CCAUCCGUUGUCAACCUAGCUCCGGCGAUCCCACGGCGGACGACGAUGGACCACCCACCUCCCGUCGCCCCUCCGCCGCCCUCCUCCUCCCCGGAGUCCACCAUCUCCUCCACCGAGCCCCCGGCACCACCGUCGCCCAGCAGCCACCCCCGACUCCUCGAAAUCAGCCUCAUCUCGGCCCAAGACCUUGCGCCAGUCUCCAAGUCCAUGCAGACGUACGCAAUUGCGUGGAUUGGCCCGGCCCGAAAGCACACGACCCGGACCGACAACAAGGGCCACAAGAACCCCACGUGGAAUGACAAGUUCAUCUUCAACGUGGAGGUCGAGGCCGAGGACGCCGUCCUCACAGUCGAGAUCUACACCGUGUCUUGGUUUAGGGAUGUACUCGUGGGCGUGGUCAAGGUCUUGGUCAACGACCUCGUCAACCCGACGGGCGGAGCCCGACCCAGGGGGACCCGAUUCGUGGCCCUCCAGAUUCGGCGCCCAUCGGGCAACCCCCAAGGGAUACUCAACAUGGGGGUUGCCCUUCUCGACGCCACCAUGAGGAGCAUGCCCCUCUCGGGAGUCCGUAAUUAUCACCACGAAAAUGCUAAACAGGUUCAUGAUGACAACGUCGAUGACGUCAUCAACAAAGAACUAAACUCAAAAAUCCACCUAUGGCGGUCCUUAAGUGUCGGUAGUUCGGAGGUUGCCAACAACGAUGACUUCCCAUUAAAAUCGGGCUCAAUCUGCAAUGGCUCGACUGUCGAGAAUGGCUCCGAACUCUGCUCUGACAUCGGGCCUUCUGCCUCCAUCGUGGCAGCUGAAAUGUCUCGAAAACUCCAACCGCAACCUGAAAAUCUACCAAACCCUAGAAAGUACGAGCACAUUGACCACCACGAGACGGGUAGCUCCAUCCUUGAGGAGCUCACAGUCGAGGAGGCCCGGGCCAAGGGCUAUAGGAGAGUCUUGACCCGAGAUGGGUGGCGGAAAUCAAUGGCGGCCUCUGAGGACCACGACGAUGAGUCGGAGCUAUUGUGGGACAAUGAUGGGAGGAGGAGGCACUCGCGGAGGAGUUCAGACGGGGGCUUGUUCUCGUGCUUGGUGUAUGGGAUUGAGUUCACGAUAGUGUGUGGGGCCGCGAGCAAGAACGCGCGUGCGAAUAAGAGCGGGAAAAAGAAUAAGAAGACGAGUAGCGAGGCAAGUUCGGCUUGAUUACCUUAUAUGGUGAUUUCAUAUAUGCGGCUUGAUUACCUUAUAUGGUGAUUUCAUAUAUGUACUUUUGGGUUCAUAAUGUCAUAUAUAAAAGUAUGAUAGAUUGGUUUAAACUUUUUGAUAUUUGAGGGUUUAGUAAAUAGUUGAUUUGUUCUUUUGAUUUGAAAGGAACUACAUAAUAAGUUGAAGUGUUCGAUCAAAGUUUAUUGCAGUAAUGGAU